GUUCAAGUUUAUUUAGGUAACCCCCUGAGGUUUAGAGAAGGCGCACUUGAGCUUUUCAAAGUUUUACAGAACGAGUGAUGGAGUGUGAGCCUUCUACCUCCAUUAUCUCCUUCGAUCUCAAUAAUAAGUUUCAUGUAUUCCUCAGCUUUCGCGGACCAGAUGUCAGAAAUACUUUUGUGGACCAUCUUUACGCAGCUCUCUCUGCAGCAGGGCUUAGGGUUUUCUUGGACAGCGAAGAACUUGAGAAGGGCAAAGGCAUCGAUUCCAGCUUGCAAACAGCCAUUCAAACAAGUGAUAUUCUUAUUCCUAUAUUUUCCAAAGGCUAUGCGGAAUCAACUUGGUGUCUGGAGGAAGCGGCGCGGAUGUGUAGAUCGAAUGGACUCAUCAUUCCCCUGUUUUAUGAUGUGGAGCCCUGCGAUGUUCGCUACCCUCAAAGAAAGGGAGGUCUCUUCACUCAGGCAUUCGAAAAGCAUUACACCCAUUUAGAUCGGCAUGAUGAAAAGACAAUUGAGCAAUGGAAGGGAGCUCUUCAUCAAAUCUCUGAGUUAUCUGGUUGGUCUCUGAAAGCAGAAUUCGGGCACGAAGGGAGACUAGUCAAAGCAGUUGUGAAAGGCGUGUUGGAUAAAUUGAAGAACAGGGUUCCACUAGAUGUUCCUACGCAUCUUGUGGGAUUCGAAAGGGGUAUUCAUGAAUUAACAAACAGUUUACAUCUGAAUUCGAUGGACAUAAGUUUGGUGAGAGUGGGAAUCAGCGGCAUAGGCGGCGUUGGGAAAACCACCUUGGCUAAGGUUGUUUACAAUGAAGUUCAUCGCAGAUUUGAUGCUUGUUGCUUUCUCUUCAACAUUGGAGCUACUGCACAGAACAGCACUAGACUUAUGGACUUGCAGGGAAGAAUUUUAAGGAGCUUGGUAAAUUACCAUGGAGAAGUACCAAGUGUUGAUGAAGGAAGAUCUCUGAUGAGAGAUCGAUUGCGUGGAGUUCGGGCUCUUUUGAUUUUGGACGAUGUGAAUGAUGGAGAGCAGCUGCAUGCGGUGUAUGGGGAUUGGUUUGGGCAUGGUAGCAGAGUCAUCAUUACUUCCCGAGACCAACACAUACUAAACCUUGCCAAGGUUGAUUCAGUUCUUAAAAUGAGUGGACUAGGGAACGAUGAAGGUCUCGAAUUAUUCAGUUGGCAUGCUUUCUCUAGCGCAUUCCCAGAGACACCUUACCAAGAGCUUUCUAUAAAAAUUGUGAGUGCCUGCCAAGGGCAUCCUCUCGCAUUAGAGGUCAUUGGAUCACAUUUGUUUGAUAAGAGAGAAUCAAACGACAUCCGAUGUUGGGAAGAAGCUGUCCAUAACAUUGGAGAAUAUCCAAGCAUAUCUAGAAUUCUUCAAACGAGUUAUGAUGGACUUACCCAUGUCGAGAAGGAAAUUUUUCUGGAUAUAGCUUGCUGCUUUGUUGGUGAGAGUAAAAGAGACGCUGAUAUUAUCUGGGAAGUUUUAUACCCAAAUAAAGUUCAAACGGCUAUCAAGAAUCUCUCGCUGAAAAUGCUUAUUAACAUCAGAGGUCAUGGUUUCCUCCAUAUGCAUGACCUUCUGCAGGAAAUGGGAAGAGGAAUUCAAGAGCAGGCUGAUAAUAAUAGCAGACUCUGGCCAUCUAUGGUCGGACACAAAUCUUUGAACAAGGACAGAGCAGAGGAAGUGAAGAUGCUUGUUUACACAGGAGAGAAUAAAAGAGACCCUGUUAGCUUGCAUAACAUGCCUUCUUUGCGCUACCUAUUUUUGCAAAAUACAAAGGUAGCGGUCAACUUUGUAAAGCUAGCUCCGAAUUUGAUAUGCAUAAAAAUUAGGGAUUGUGAAAUUGUAAGUGAUAGGCAUACAUGGAUGAUGUCAAGAACCCAACUCCAGUUUGACAGCAGUUGGUCCCAAGUAAGGAUCUUCAGUCUAGAGAAAUGUGCAUUUCCCACGAAAAUCCCAAACACGCUAAACAGCUUGGUGAACCUUCAACGCUUGUAUAUACAGCAUUGUAAGGAUCUCACAACACUUCCAAGCACAGUCGGUAACUUGUUACAACUCAAGGAGCUCAAAUUGUGCGGCUGUAAAAGUUUAAAACGCCUUCCUGAUACUGUGGGCAACUUGGUGCGGCUAGAAGUGUUGUGUUUGGGCGACUGUGCAGAUCUAAAAAGCCUUCCCAGCACUUUAGGUAAUUUGGCUCAACUACAAUCGUUGAGCUUGGUGAGAUGUACAGGUUUAAGGAGUCUUCCGAACACAAUUGGCGACCUGGCACAACUCAUGCAAUUGAACUUACAAGGUUGUUCAGGUUUACAAGGACUUCCCAAAACAAUUGGCGACCUGGCACAACUCGAGUGGUUGAGCUUGUUUGAAUGCUCAGGUUUGCAAAGACUUCCCUACACGGUGGGUAUGUUAUCAAACCUUAAAUUCUUAAACAUUCAUGGGUGCUCAGGCCUGGGAAGCUUUCAUCAUAUCGUUGUCAGGUUAGCCCAGCUGAGGGAGUCAAACAGAAGCGCCGGAUUGGGAAGCUUGGUGCAGAAGAAGUUUCAUGUCUACGUUGGUUUUAAUGUAGACGGAGAGCAGGAAGGAGAAGCAUUGAUGGGUCAUCUUCAGAAAUCUGUUCGAAUAUGCAGGGGCAGAAAGGAUGACCAAAGUCUUUGCACCGAGUCACUCCGUAUAUGCAGAGGCAGGGAGGAUGGCCAAAGUAGAGACAAUAGCUGGGCAAUUGAUAACAGUGAUAUUCUUGUUGAGGUAUUAUCAAGAGGCCUAAAUAUUCCUAUGCGCAACUCGAAUGGCCUAAAUAUUCCUAUGCGCAAGAAUGGCCUAAAUAUUCCUUUCUUUCCUCAUGAAGUUUGGUGUCGGUGGCAUAUAUGCAGGAGUUGUUAUUAAUAAUCUAGGACUACAAAGAUUUGUAAAACCCUUGUUUGUGUAUGUAAAAAAGCGGAAGAUGGGAGUAUAAAGAUUCCAACAAGUAAUAUGUCAAGACAAUAAAUACUAACAAAUCUCUCUAGCGAAAGGGAUCCAAAUAUUAACAAUAAUGGCAUUGGGAUAUUACAGAAUGUUGGAAAA